AUGACUGCUGUCAGGCGUUUACAACAAACUUUAUCCCAUGUUCAGCCACCACAGGCGGUUGAACAGUUCUCUAUCGUCUAUGGACCUACUCAGCCAGAACUACUCGACAUUACCUUAGGCGAGCUCCUGACACUCCAAAGUCUCAAAUAUGGUGAUCACGAGUGUCUGGUAUUUCCCUGGACAGGGGCUCGGUGGACAUAUGCAGACCUGAACGACGAGGCUGACCGGGUGGCUCGCGGCCUACUGGCAAUGGGAAUCCAAAAGGGUGACCGUAUAGGUAUUAUGGCUGGAAACUGCGAGCAAUAUAUCUCUGUGUUUUUUGGGGCUGCCCGCGUGGGUGCGAUCUUGGUAGUUUUGAACAACACUUAUACGCCCUCAGAGCUAUACUACGCUCUAGAACAUACAGAUUGUCGGUUACUGUUCUUAACUUCCCACAUUGGCCGACGUUCGUUAGAAGACGUUUUAUUAAAAUUAGGCCCUCAACCGAAGCGGAAGGGAUCAUCUGCAGCUUUAGAGGAGAUCAUCAUUUUGCGGGGGAAAUACCAAAAUUUUAGAACCUACACUGGUUUAAUUCAACAUGGAACCUCUCUAUCAACAAAUGUCUUUCUGGAUAGACAAGCUGAGCUGCGUCCCGAUGAUGUUUGCAACUUGCAGUUUACUAGUGGUUCGACCGGAAAUCCCAAGGCCGCGAUGUUGACGCAUCACAAUCUUGUCAAUAACUCGAGAUUCAUUGGCGACCGUAUGGACCUUACCUCAUUUGAUAUCCUUUGCUGCCCCCCUCCUUUAUUUCAUUGCUUUGGCCUUGUACUGGGGAUGCUGGCCGUUGUCACGCAUGGGUCAAAGAUCGUCUUUCCUGGUGAGACGUUUGACCCUGUUGCGGUCCUCCAUGCAAUCUCAGACGAAAAGUGUACCGCACUACACGGUGUGCCGACCAUGUUCGAGGCGAUCCUAAGCCUCCCCAAACCCCCGAAUUUCGAUACAAGCAACUUACGUACGGGUAUCAUCGCUGGUGCUCCCGUCCCGCGUCCUUUAAUGAAACGACUACUUGAGGAAUUGAACAUGACACAGUACACUAGCAGCUACGGACUGACCGAAGCGUCACCAACUUGCUUCAAUGCGCUCACCACUGACACUAUAGAGACCCGACUAAGGACCGUGGGUAAAGUAAUGCCUCAUGCGAGAGCAAAGAUUAUCGAUUCGCAGGGUCACAUUGUUCCAGUCGGCGUACGUGGAGAGCUUUGUAUUGCAGGAUACCAGUUGACUAAAGGAUACUGGCACAACCCACAAAAGACGGCGGAGACGCUGGUCCCUGAUGCAGAGGGUAUCACAUGGCUCAAAACCGGUGAUGAAGCCAUGUUUGAUCCACAAGGCUACUGUACCAUCACUGGGCGAUUCAAAGACAUCAUAAUUCGUGGUGGGGAAAACAUCUAUCCGUUAGAGAUUGAAGAGCGGCUGGCAACUCAUCCGGCCAUCGAAGUCGCCUCCGUGAUCGGCAUCCCAGACCACAAAUACGGUGAAGUCGUUGGUGCGUUUAUCGCCGUAACACCAGGCUACGAGGGCAAGAGACCAUCCGAUGAAGAAUUGCGGACCUGGACACGGGAAACACUAGGUCGCCACAAAGCACCACAGCAUGUGUUUGUUUUUGGUGAAGAGGGUGUGGACGCAACAAUCCCAGUGACGGGUAGUGGAAAGGUGCGGAAGGUGGAAUUGCGCAAGAUUGCAGAAAGGGUCCUCUAUCAGCGCAAAAAAGCUACCUGA